UAUACACAGUCAUUUACACGAUCCUUGGACACGUUUAUGGUUAUCACAUUUGACAAUAAACAGCGUACCGCGUUGUAUGACUUGGAGUUAACAAUUUGCCGACAUGGGUGGGUUGCUCAGCUACUUCCGUAACUUGCUUGGCAGCCGCGAGAUGCGCAUCUUGAUUUUGGGCCUAGACGGCGCUGGCAAAACCACAAUUUUGUACAGAUUGCAGGUGGGUGAGGUAGUAACUACAAUACCAACCAUAGGAUUUAAUGUAGAACAAGUUACAUACAAAAAUUUAAAAUUCCAAGUCUGGGAUCUCGGUGGUCAAACAAGUAUAAGACCUUACUGGAGGUGUUAUUAUUCAAAUACAGAUGCAAUAAUUUAUGUAGUAGACUCAGCAGACAGAGAUAGAAUAGGCAUAUCAAAGGAUGAAUUAAUUCUCAUGUUACAAGAAGAAGAAUUACAAGGUGCCAUUUUGGUAGUACUGGCAAACAAACAAGACAUGGCGGGGUGUCUAAGUGUUGCAGAAGUUCAUCAAGCACUUGGAUUGGACGCUUUGAAAAAUAGAACCUUCCAAAUAUUUAAAACUUCGGCAACAAAAGGCGAAGGUCUUGACCAAGCAAUGGACUGGUUGUCAAAUGCACUGCAAAGUAGAAAAUGAUGGAUGUUUCGUCAAAGUUAUUCAAGCCUUAUAAAAGGACUAGUCUUACGACUGUCACUUUGAACAUGUUGCUGGGUUGGUACCAGACAGUGUUCUGUUUAUUUAUUGUGUAAUUAUUAUAUUUUAAAUAUUCUUUGCAAUUUGCAACAAGAAUAUUCAGAUCACUGUACUUCACAAUGUAAAAUACGCGAUACUAAUCAUUUUAUGAUUAGUAUCUCUCAUUUAUACUAAUCAUUUUAUGAUUUUACUUGAUAUAUGUUUAUAAAAAGAUUCAACGUGAUAAACUUUUAGAUUUCUUGGAUUUUGUUCACUGAUAAAUACAACGUUCUAUACUUCUGCAAUUGUAGUAUUGCGGUACUGCUAGCAUUGUGAGAAUAAAAAAAGCCUCUUUUUUCUGUUAAUUGAUAAUUGAUUAAAAAAACUGCUUUGAUAUUUAAUCUUCACAAACUGGAGAAGUUGAAAUAUAUAAAACAAGAAUAUUUCACAUUCAAAUCUGUACAUAACAUACCAACUCGGAAUUACUUUUUCCAAGCACACAAGAAUAUACACAUAAAAUAAAAUUUUAACACGGACAAGACACAAUGUGUCGUACUCUAGCAUUUAUAAAAAUUGUUACGCAAUGUAAAAGUAAAGUUAAUGUCGCAAAGAAAUAUUAGUAGUAGAAGUGGUUUAAAUAUUUCUUGUAUUUAUUAAGUAUUGUCUCAUCUCUCAUUUUUUAAGUCACUAUAUUUGAGAGAUCUUUAUUUAAUUGAGAUAUAAUUUAAUAUUUUUAAGAUUUUACUCAACAAAAUAUGCCAAAUAAUAGAUCGUGAUUGCUAAUAUUUCCUUCAACAUAGCAGCAAAUUUUGGUAAUUAAUUUAUGUACUGAGAGAUAUAAUAUAAAUACU